AUGAGGAAGAAAACCAUUGCAAAAAGGGCUCCUCGUGAAAAAGUUUUCAAGCUACCCACAAAGCCAUCCACUCGCUCUCAAGACCGCACCUUUACCCCUUCUCCUUCUCCUCCUACCUCUCCUCAUCGCUGUGACCCCAUGGCUCGGACCAAAAACACUCCAAGGUUUCCUGCCUCUGCCAAGCCGACGCCACCACCAAAGGCCACACCUUCCAAGCCUGGCUCCUCAAAACCAAGUUCAGCAAAGCCUGGCUCCUCCAAAGGCAAACGUCAGGCGACUGAGGAACCCAUACCCGAACCAACACAACCAAAAUCCAGGUCGGUUCCAAUGCGAUCUCAACGAGGUAACACUCAAGUCCCUCUCCAGAAUGUUAAAGAACCAGACAUUGGACCUUUUGAUCACAAAGCUCACUUUUUGACUUCUCAUUCGAACUAUAACCCUUAUAGAUUCAAAUCUGCCAUGAACAAUGAUUUUUAUGAGAAGGUUAUCCAACAUUCAUAUCUAAAGGGAGGUGGUGCAGUGAAACAACAAAAAAGACCUACUCGAUCUGAGAGAGUGGUUCUAGAUGAUGAUGAUGAAGAGUUCAUUCCUGAUGAAUCUUCUCCUCCUUCCACUGAGGGGACUUCCAUCUCUACUGGCCAAAAACUUGCUCUGCUGAAUAAUAACCUUCAAAAUGAUGAAGAUGCUGCCACUGAUGUUGAAGAGGAUGCUGUUUCGGAAGGGAAUGGUUCUGAUGCCUAG